AUGGAACAGGAUGAAGCUAAGCUUUCGUCGAUUCCGGAGCCUCUUCCUGUCUUUAUCUCCAACAAGCCAAAUAAGCCACUCGCUGCCAAGCUUAACAAAGUGUUAGGCUCCUCCGUCUCUGACGAUGCUCGAACCAAAGCAGCCGUGACAGCCCUGUCCGCUAUCAGUGGCCUGGACAAAGUCGACUUGCAACGCAAUCUUCGAGGCACAAUAGAAAGAAAGGAAAUCAUAGCCAAUAGAAAGUUUCUCGAUGCAUUGGAAAUGGUGGUCAAGCAAGCAGGUGUGCUAGAAGACCAAGUCGACGAUAUGGAGAAUAUUUGUGAGCAGAUGCAACAACGAUUGGACGAAGCCGGUGGAAAAACAGAUCUCAUGGUAGAACAAGCAAAGAAUUUGCAAGACCAGAGUUCGGCGUGUGCUACACGUAUUCUUAUUGUAGAUCGAUUUUUGGAAAAGUUUACUUUGAGUGAAUCGGAAAUCAGUACUUUGUGCUCUUCAUCUGUUCCCAUCAGUGGGGACUUUUUCAAAGCAUUGAAGCAUCUGCAACAAAUUCACAGCGACUGCAAAUUGCUGCUAAUGACGACGAACCAACAAGCCGGCCAACAGAUCAUGGAAAAAAUGGCGGCCUAUCAGGAGACGGCGUACGAUAAGCUGUAUCGGUGGACACAGUAUGAGAGUCGUGGAUCAUUUGGUGGGGAUGCCAUUAUCGUGGAUACGCUAAUGGUAAAGGCAUUGCAAGCGUUGCGCCAGAGACCGGUCUUGUUUCAAACGAUUAUGGAUGAACUGGCGGUGGCUCGACGUGAUGCGGUGGCACGCGCCUUUAUUAACGCAUUGACGCGAGGAGGACCGGGCGGGACGCCGCGACCAAUUGAAUUGCAAGCACACGAUUCCAUGCGUUAUAUUGGCGACAUGCUUGCCUGGGUUCAUCAGGCAUGUGCAGGCGAAAAGGAAAUGCUGGAAAGCUUGUUUCAUCCUUCGCCAGAAAGAGGCUCGCCGAAUGAGCUAGAUGGGGUAACUUCUGUUCACCAGAUCGAUGAGGCGAUUGCCGAUCUGCUGGACUGUGCGAUGGAAGGAACAUGCCGUCCAUUAAAAACACGUAUGGAACAAGUGCUCGUUUUACAACCAGGCGCCAUCAUCUCUUACCGUAUGGCCAAUUUGAUCCAAUUCUAUGCCGUGACAAUGAAAAAGCUCUUGCGAAAAGACUCUUAUUUGGCCCGCACCCUUUAUGAGAUCACCGAAAUGGCCUACAAAUACUUUUUCAAGAUUCUGAGUGGGCAAGCUGAACGAUUGCUGCAAUCCACAGAGCCACCGACCAAAGAAUUGGCAAUUUCACCCACUGUCCGCGAUAUAACACUGCAACUGAAAGAAAUUCUUGCAUCUUACGAUUCCUCCCUGGUGGUGGCGACCAACAACACGGGCGAUUUUCCUGAUUUUGAGAUUGGCGAGACGCUCGAUGCCACCAUUGAUCCAUUACUACGCAUGUGUGAAAUGUCGGUCCUCAAAUUUGAUAAACUGGAUCAAGAUAUCUAUCGGGUGAAUUGUAUGCAGCAUAUUCUGUCAGCAUUAUCAGCCUAUCCGGCUACGGCUAAAAAACAAGGUAGCCUAACUGAACAAAUACAGGAACUACUGGGUGAAAUAUCUGAUGAAGAGUAUCAGGAGCUUCUCCAGCAAUCAGGGUUGGACAAAGUGGAUGCAGCUUUGAAGAAGAAGGAUGCGGAUACACCAUUGUCAUCAGUUCCAGGCAUGGAUGCUCAAAGUCUCAGUAGCAUCAUGUCACAAUUGGACUCAUAUUUGAUGGUGAAGGGCGCAGAUAUUCCACCCCAAUUGCGUCGAUUAUCAGCCACACAACAUUGCAGGCAAGUGCACGAUGGCGCCAUCCGUCAGCUGAUCAAUACAUAUCGCAUCAUCAAUGACGCCAUUCGAGAUCCAAACAACAAUUACCCUCACCCCGAGCUCGUCUUGAAAAGAACAGUUGAAGACAUGAAUACCAUUUUUUCUUUUAGUUUGUAA